CCCGCCAACCUAUUGUCCGCCAUCUUGCUACAUGCCGUGUGAACAGAGCGGAAGCAGGGAGACAUGUUGAGCCUAGUGCCGGGUAAAUAAAAAGUUGGGUGGGUCUUUAGACGGAAUGUGAUUCUCGCCACACUGCAUCAGGCGCUGGAAAUAGUUCCAGCAUGAGACGGGUCUGUGGGUAUAAGAGACGUGAAGCUUAAUCAUGUGUACUGUGAUAUGACAGAAUCUUUCAUUAUCAAGAUGUAUCUAUAUGUUGUGGUUGUCUUGGGUUUCUUGCCGAGUGCACAGCCGCAGACGGAGGCCAUUUAUCACGGAUGUACACACAACAGUCAAUGCCCUGACAACGCCAGUUGUUUACCUUAUGGUUGCCGUGGUUACGUCUGUCUGUGUCACAUGGGGUACGUUGUGUCACGUACCAGGUUUUCGUGCCUCACAGCGGGCAACGUGAGUGACACGUGCGACAGCACUGUGAAAUGUCUUGGCGGGGUGUACGCCUCAUGUGUCAGUGGACGAUGUGAGUGCUUGUCGAUUGCACGAGUAACAGAAAUGAACACCUGUGUGGCAGCACGGAGUGCAAGGGUCGCCGGGGCCACGUGCUCUCCGUCGGACACGUGCCCCACGCACGCCUCGUGCACCGGGGGCACCUGUCAGUGCGAUGCAGGUUAUCGCCAGAGAAGCAGCGAGGAAUACUGGAUGUCUAACUUCAAUUUCAGAGUCUUGCAAUGGUGUGCCGUUAUCUACAACAACGUCUACACCUACAACAUCUACUCCUGCAACUACCACAACAACCACAACUACUCCAUCUACCACAACUACAACACCCACGACUACCACAACUACCACAACACCACAACAACAACACCUACUACGACGACACCACCUACAACAACUACCACACCUACAACGACAACUACUACUACGACAACGACAACACCGUCAGUUACAACCCAAAGUUCUCCUACAACCACCACUACAACUACGAUGAAGCCAACCUCGACAUCUGCCACUGUCAAGCCAAUACUGGACACGUGCACAUCCCCCAGUGAGUGUCCAGACAACGCCAGCUGCCGACCUAAUGGGUGUCGAGGGGUAACCUGUCUUUGUAACGUAGGGUACGUCCCUGCUCCGGAUCUAACCAUCUGCUUGAAAGCUUCCAACAUCAGCGACGUCUGCGACGUCAACUCUAAAUGUCUCAGCCCCUUCGCCUACUGCAGCAACGGCGUCUGUGACUGCAUCAGCUUCUUCAGAAAGACGACGUUGAACACAUGCUCGCAGAUGGGGACCAAGGUCAUCAGUGAGGACUGUAGUCCAGGAAUUGACGACUGUGGGCUGUUCGCGGAAUGUCGGGACCGGAAGUGCGUGUGCGAAAGUGGCUACCGGGAGAAAAAAAACGAGGAAUUCUGGGCUGAACCUGACAGUGUCGUUGAGUGUGUUCAAGAGACGUUUUCGCUAGAUUCAUGCGGUGAUGAAACAAAGCCACAGACCACAACCAUUACCUCUUUGACCACUACCACCACUACAGCAACGACUACCUCCACGACAACCUCUACCUCCACGACAACCUCUACAACACCACCAACAACAACGACGACCCCAACAACGUCCACUUCUACAACAACGACCCCAUCAACGUCUACUUCUACGACAACGACCACAUCUACGACAAUUUCAACGACGACUUCAUCAACGUCCACUUCUACGACAACGACCCCAUCUACGACAAUUUCAACGACAACGACACCAACCCCAUCUACGACAAUUUCAACGACAACGACUUCAUCAACGUCUACCUCUACGACAACGACCCCAUCUGCGACAAUUUCAACGACAACGACACCAUCAACGUCCACUUCUACGACAACGACCCCAUCUACGACAAAUUCUACGACAACGACUUCAUCAACGACGACUUCCACAACAACGACUUCAUCAACGACCACCACUACACCAACCCCACCAACUGCUGCAGAAACAUCAGCAAUCACUUCAACUUCCACACCACCAACCACGGUCACUACUCCGAUCACACUUACCUAUCCAUCGUCAACCACCGCUUCAACAACCACCGUGGGUUCCACGACCACAACAGCAUCAAUUCCCGCAACAUCCACAGUUCAAACGACUUCGUCUGAAACCGGAACUGCAACGACAACUGCUCUGCCGACAAUACCAACAACGGCUAGAACAUCUACAUCCCUAAACAGUCAACAAACGUCGACAUUAAGGACAUCUGCUCCACCUUCAACCACAUAUACAACAUCCCCAAAAUCAACAUCUUACACUCAGACGACAACCACAUACACACCAUCAACCCAACAAUCAACAGCGUAUACUCAGACGUCAACGUCAACUACACCAUCGACAAAAUCUUCAACAAUGCCUGAAGCUUCAAAGCCAUCUACUGCAGAUGCAGUAACGUCAUCGUCAUUGGGGUUCUCUCCAGAUGACAAUGUCAUUGGACACUGACGCCAGACAAAGUACCCCGGUAGUUCCAGGAGAUGAAGAUUUUUCAAAAGUGGCUUUAAUUGCAUCCGUCUGUACAGCUGUUGUUAUCCUCGUCGUUGUCAUCGUCGUCGUUACCGUCCUGUGUCGAAAACGCUGCCGUUACAAACGGCGUUUGGAAGUGACCAAUGACCAGACUGUUCUCAACACCUAUUAUGACGGACACCGUCGGGAAGACCCCACCAGACCUUGCUACAUGGUUGAAACAUAGCAUCCCAACAUGGAAACGGUCAGAUUUGCUGGAUCUCAGACGACGGUGCAACAGUCGUAAUGUUAGAUACUUGUACAUAAACAUACAUUUGAAAGACAAUGAUAAAUACACUUCCACUGAUUUCCGACGUCGGGGUCCAAGGGCGUUUCAAUAGUGUAAGGACAGCCUUCUUCGAGCUGCGUCCCUUGGUGAGGUCCGGGUUCGAAUCUCGGUUUAUGUCAGCAACAUAACUGUGUUCAUGGGUCUUCCCAUGGUAAACUUGGUGACGUCUUUUGAAGUCUGGA